UCAUUCUCUGGUUUUUUGUUCUCACACUCGAAUCGUUUCUCAGCGUUGAAAGCGUUUCCCAUGAGGAAUGGGCUGCGUCCUCGGUAAGCAAGCCGCCGGCGAGGCAGGAGCCGGAGCUGGAGCUCCGAAGAAAUCCAACAGCGGUGAUGAGGCCAUCAGCACAACGGUGCCAAUCCCUAGGUCUCCGAAGGAAAUCAUCGGCUGGCCUGCAUGGCUCUCGGCCGUCGCAGGCGACUCCAUCACCGGCCUCGUCCCCCGCCGUGCUGAUUCUUUCCAAAAGCUCGAGAAGAUCGGUUCGGGAACGUACAGCAACGUGUAUAAAGCUCGGGACUUGGUGACAGGGCGAGUGGUGGCGUUGAAGAAGGUGAGGUUCGACAUCUUGGAGCCGGAGAGCGUGCGGUUCAUGGCCAGGGAGAUUACCGUGCUCCAUAGGCUUGAUCACCCUAACGUGGUCCGCCUUGAGGGCCUUGUAAUCUCUCGUGUUUCCCCAGCUCUCUACCUUGUUUUCCAGUACAUGGACCAUGACCUCGCAGGCCUUGCCGCUUGCUCCGGGGUCAAGUUCUCUGAACCCCAGGUCAAAUGCUAUAUGAAACAAUUGCUAUCUGGGCUUGAGCAUUGCCAUAGCCGAGGUGUGCUGCACCGUGACAUCAAGGGUUCAAACCUGCUUCUGGAUAAUGAAGGUACUCUGAAAAUAGCUGAUUUUGGUCUGGCUUCAACCUUUGAUCCUAAUAAGAAGGAAGCAAGGACUAGCAGGGUUGUCACCUUAUGGUAUCGAGCACCCGAACUGCUUCUAGGAGCCACUCAUUACGAUGUGGGCAUUGAUUUAUGGAGUGCUGGUUGCAUUUUGGCAGAGUUGCUUGCAGGAAAGCCGAUUCUUCCUGGCCGCACUGAGGUGGAGCAAUUGCACAGGAUCUUUAAGUUGUGUGGUUCCCCAUCAGAACAAUACUGGAAGAAAUCAAAAUUGCCACAUGCCACAAUGUUUAAGCCUCAGCAGCCAUACAAGUGCUGUAUUGCAGAAACUUUCAAGGAUUUUCCACCAUCUUCACUAGCUUUAGUCAAAAAGCUUCUGGCAAUGGAUCCAGCUGAAAGAGGCACAGCUAUUGCUGCUCUGAAUAGUGAGUUCUUCACUACAAAACCUUAUGCAUGUGAGCCAUCCAGCCUGCCUCAGUAUCCUCCGAGCAAGGAAAUUGAUGCGAAAAUGAGGGAUGAGAAGGCUAGAAGGCAAAGUUUAAUUGAUGACAAAGUAAACAUUGAAGCCACAAAGAAACCACGAACAAAGAAUCGAGGCGGUAAAGCAGUUCCAGCUCCAGAAGCAAAUGCAGAGCUUCAAGUAAAUCUUGAUCGAAGGAGAAUAAUGGCUCAUGGUAAUGUCACGAGCAAAAGCGAAAAGUUUCCUCCGCCUCAUAGAGAUGCAGCAGUUGGUGUCCCGGGUGAUCCAAUACACAAUAGCACAGUUUCUUUUAUUGCUUCAAGUGCAUCAUUUGCUUCAUCUGUGUUUGAAGGGAGUGAAGUAGCAGGAAAGAAGAAAACAGCCAGAGCUGAAGCUCAACCUCAAACAGCUUUGUUGAGAGCAUUGCGUCCAUCAUCAAUUGGGCUCUUGAUGGAGCUCAAAAGGAAUGCUAGAGUACCCAAAAGGAUGAGGGGCAAAGAGUUGGAGGUUUUUGGUGGCGGUAUGUAGUCAGAAAAAUUCAAAUGCAUUAAGCUACCCUUCUCUUUUAAAAUAUGUGUAGAUUUUCUUUCCUAAAUUUAGUUGAGGAACUGUAAGAUAAUAUGAAAUUAUGGUAUUUUGUAUUAUUAGUAUCAUGAUGAAUUAAGAAUAAGGCAAAUUAGGGUCACAAGAAUUAGUUACAUGAUACAUCAUGCUAAUGAUCAUACAUAAUAACAGAGGCUUAUCCAAAGCAGCACAGGAUGACCACCUUUACUUGAUUCACUUAUAAUGUAUCAAAAUAAACAAUAUAAUUACCAAGAUCUGUUCAUACAAAAGCAUCAAUGUUUGGCAAUUCUUCGCCCUUGUCAACAAUUAAAAACAGUUGCUAACCAGAAGUGUUUCCUCUCACUUGAACCCAAAAAAAAAAAAA